AGAGCGGGCCUGUCCCGGGCGGGUGUGACGCUUCCUUCGCCUGGUCCGAGGAAAGGCAAGCGGCGCCCCCACCCGCACAAGGUCUCUGGCCCCCUCGGCCCUUCCUGCUGUAGUCCUGCGGGUCAGGUGGAGCAGAAGCGCCAGGCCAGGCCCAGCCCAGGCCUCCUGGCUUCCUGCUUCUCGCUUCUCACAAGGUACAGGAGAAGCCGCUUCUCCGCGGCAGGGACGGAGGGCGCCUGAGGAGCAGCACCAACAUCGGCAAGCGGGAGGGAGGGAGGCGGUGCUGCUGCUGCUGCUUUUGCGGUCGCCGCCGUCACACCGGGCCGAGGAAGCAGCCGCCAGCCAGGGACAGGCGCCCCUCACGCCCCGCCCGGCCUUUGAGGGAGGAAGAACGGAAAGCCCGCGCCGCCCGCCUGCUCGGCUGCCGCUGUCCUCUCCGCGCCCUUUUGGGAGGGGGGUGCUGCCGCCGCUGCCGCCGCCUCUCCCCGAGGCUCCCCGCCCCGAGAUGCGACCAUGGACUGCAGGAUCAAGGACAGUCCAACAAGUACCUUUGAUGUGGUGCUACAGGUAAAACACCAGGCUUCUGAAAAUGAAGAUCCUGUGGUGUUGUGGAAAUUCCCAGAGGACUUUGGAGACCAGGAAGUACUCCAGAGUAUACCAAAAUUCUGCUUUCCAUUUGAUGUUGCAAGGGUGACCCAAGUGGGCCAGCAUUUCACCUUUGUACUUACUGACAUUGAAAGUAAACAGAGAUUUGGAUUUUGCCGGUUAACACCAGGAGGCAAAGUGUGUCUCUGUAUUCUAAGCUACUUGCCAUGGUUUGAGAUUUACUACAAACUAUUAAAUACCCUGGCAGAUUAUUUGGCUAAAGAACAGGAAGAAGACUUGAAUGACCUGUUAGAAAUUUGGUAUAGUCAUCGUGUUCCAAAGGCUAACACUCCUAUCAGUUUAAGUUUGCAUGCGUAUUUCAUUGCUCCUGAUGUAACUGGCUUGCCAACUGUCCCUGAAAGUAGAAAUCUUACUGAAUAUUUUGUUGCUGUGGAUGUGAACAACAUGCUACAACUUUAUGCCAGCAUGUUGCAUGAGAGACGCAUCAUUAUUACCUCCAGCAAACUAAGCACUUUAACUGCAUGUGUUCAUGGGUCAGCUGCACUGCUUUAUCCAAUGUACUGGCAACACAUAUACAUCCCAGUGCUCCCGCCACACUUGUUGGACUACUGCUGUGCACCAAUGCCGUAUCUGAUUGGCGUUCACAUCAGUUUAAUAGAGAGAGUGAAAAGUAAAUCACUCGAAGACGUGGUGAUGCUAAAUGUUGACACAAACACUUUGGAAACACCGUUUAAUGACCUGAGCAACCUACCAAGUGAAGUGGUCUCGACCUUGAAAAAUAAACUGAAGAAGCAAUCCACAGCUACGGGUGAUGGAGUAGCCAGGGCCUUCCUUAGGGCACAGGCAGCAUUGUUUGGAUCCUACCGAGAUGCAUUAAGAUACAAGCCUGGAGAACCUGUUACUUUUUGUGAAGAAAGCUUUGUCAAGCAUCGUUACAGUGCUACAAAACAGUUCCUGGAAACUGCAGUGAAUGUUCAACUUUUUAAACAGUUUAUUGAAGGUCGACUUGCAAAGCUGAAUUCAGGGAAAGGGUUCUCCGAUGUGUUUGAAGAAGAAAUCUCUUCAGGUGGCUUCAGUGGAGGUAUAGGGAAUUCAAAAUCAUAUCACCAGUGGAUGUAUACAGUUAAGAAAGGAGGUGCUCUGAUCAACACAGCCAUGACUAAAGCCAGCCCAGCUAUGAAAACAGCAUACCAAUAUGCAAAAAAUCAUGCAAAACAAGGAAUAAAGGAGGUGAGGAGUAAGUUGAAACACAAGGAAACCGACUAUGAAUAUGGAACUUGUCACUCAGGUUUGGAGCAAUACAGUCAAAUCGAUAUAAUGCACAAUUCAAAAAGACUUAAUACAGACAAACGAAGACUUGCACAGACGCGGUUUGGGCAUCCAAUCCCACAUGAUUCUGCCUUGGAUGAAGAUGCUGAUGAUGAAGUGGAAAGAGCAAGCAAGUUGUCAUCUGAAGACAGCGAGGAAAUAUCUUAUUAUUUGGAUGACAGUGAUGACUCGGGAGAAAUGACCAAAACAUCUGUGACCCCGGGAGAAAUGGACUUGCUGGGAGAGAUUUUGGACACUUUAAGCACACAUAGUUCUGACCUAGGAAAGCUUUCAGGAGCCAAGAGCCUGGACUUCUUUCGAUCUAUGGAUGAUAUUGAUUACAAGACAGUGAAUAAAUCCAACACCCCGAGUGAGAGCAAUCUUGCUCUGCUUUGCAGCGGUUUUACUUCUGAUCAAGGAGAGUGGAAUCUCGGGCAAGAUGACAGUGUCCUCAGUGGGAAACAGCUUCCCCCAUCACCAAGGAAACGUGCUCCUUCUAGCCUCAGCCGCACAGAAUCUCCCUUUGCGCUGGAAAAAGAAAAUCCUUCCUCUGCCUUCAGCUCUGACAGCAUGGGCCACCUUAAAACUUGUAUGAAAUCUGCAAACCAGUCUCAAGAAACUAUGCAUCUGUGUUCUCCAAGAGGCUUACCUGUGAAGGAGACAAAAUGGAAUAAAACACUAAGUGGUACAACAGUGGAUCCAGGGUCGUCAAACGUGAUCCAGAGUCCAUCCACUCUAGUUCCUUGGGAGAAAGAACUUAAAAAAGAAAGUGAAAUCCUAGAGGAGGGUGGGCUGCUUCAUGAAGUGGUGUCUUUGUGUAAAAUGACUUCUGCUUUCAAGGAUGGCUUAAACAUUUCAAGUGACCAGAUUUCCAGUAGCAAUGGGAAUAAGUCAUAAGAAAUUUUGGAGGGGAAAGGUACAUUUCCAACAAGGAUUACUCAGGACUCCAUCUCUCUUUUGUGAAAACAUCACAAAGAAAACAAACUCUUCUGUUUGACUAAUCUUAGUUGUGGUUUGCCUCACAGAUGUAUCUUCUGUUUUAUUUUGAAUAUAAUCUCCUCUUAGAUUACUUUAAGAGUCAGAAUGGUGUAGUGGUUAAGAGUGGUGGACUGUAAUCUGGAGAACUGGGUUUGAUUCCCUACUCCUCUACAUAAUCUGGUGAACCAGGUUUAUUUC